AUGUCAUCCAAACCAGUUCAAGACGCUCAUAUAUUUGUUUUAGUUCAUGGGCUUUGGGGAGGUCCAAAUCACAUGCUAACGAUUGAAAAGUCGAUAAAGGAAUUAUUAGAUAGUGAUGAUUCCAGCAAGGAAAAGAUUGUGACAAUUAGACCAUCAUCGUUCAGAUUUUGGAAGACAUACGAUGGGUUACAACUUAAUGCUGAGCGUGUGGUUUCGGAUGUGUUGUAUGAAAUUGAAAUGCUCAAAUCAGAAAACAAUAUCAAAGUGACCAAGAUCAGUUUUGUUGGAUAUUCAUUAGGUGGAUUAAUCUCUAGAUAUGCUAUUGGAAUAUUGAAUGAAAUUGGGUUUUUCGAUAAAGUCCAACCAAUGAUUUUUUCAACAUUUGCUACACCUCAUGUUGGUGUACAUUUUUUCCAACAAAAUGCUUUUGAUAUUCUUGCAAAUGAACUUGGGAAAUAUUUAUUUGGUAAAUCAGGGAAUGAAAUGUUUAUGGGUGAUGAUGAAUUAAUUCUUAAAAAGAUGGCCGAUCCAGAACAUAAAUUCUAUAAAGGGUUAAAGAGGUUUAAGAAACAUAUUUUAUUGGCUAAUGUCAAAAAUGAUAGAACAGUUGCAUUUUUCACCUCUUAUAUUACUGAUUAUUCUCCCUUUGAAGAAUGGGAUAAAGUUAAAAUUAAAUAUUUUAAAGAUUUACCACAAGUUAGAAUUGGUACUAGUCAAGUUAAACCAAAAUUUGUUGAUUUUGAAAGAUCUCAUCCACUUGAAAAGGAGAAUGAAUUUAGUAAUGUUCAAGAAGAAACAUCAUUUUUAAGAUCAAAUAAAUUGAUUAGGUUUACCUUGAUAUUCAUAGUUACCAUAUUGAUCUUGCCUAUUUGGGUACCGCUAGUAUUGAGCAGCAGUUUAUUUGCAUCUAUUUAUAGUGGAGUUAAAAUUAAAAUUAUUAAAUCACCAAAAGUUUCUAAACAUUGGGAAAGAGUUUCAAGUUUUGUUUAUGGAAGUUGCAAGAUUGAUGCAGAAGAUGCCAAGAUUGGACAAGAUAAAAGAAAUCAAAGAAAAAACCUUAGACAUCAUGAAUCAUUUAAAGGAGAUACAUCUGAGAUUACUGAAAAUGCUAUGGAAAAUUUUAUGUAUGCAGAAGAAAGAUUUACUGGUAGAUCACCACCUCCAAUGACUACUGGAGAUGAUGAAUUUCCAGGGGAUGAUGAUGACGAUGAAGAUGAUGACGAGGAAGAUGAAACUAUUACAAAUAAUGUUACAGAUCUUAAAGUGAAGAAUACUAAUGAUGUUCAAAAAGCUAAACCUAAACAAAAGAUUAUAGAUGUUGAUAUUGAAGCAAAUGGUAAAUCUAUUGAUACACAUUUACUGAAAUUAUAUAACAAAGAUUACCAGAAAUUCCCCUUAUUUACCAAGGAUGGGAUAUUGAAGAUGGAUCCAAAUAGAAGAUUUAUUAUUGAUUCACUCAAUGAAUUAAAUUGGAUAAAAAUCCCCGUAUAUAUUGAUGCAUGGAAUGCACAUGAUGGAAUUGUUGCUAGAAGAGGGCCGCGGACAAAUCCUAAGGGAACUGCUACUAUUUUAUUAUGGGCAACAUUGCUUAGACGAUUCCUUCAAGAAGAGUAG